AGAGACACGGUUCAGCCCGCCGCGAGGAGCGCCACACACCUCGUGCUCGCUCGCUCGCAACGCGUCUUCUGCUGAGAGGGAGCGACCGCCUGCUGCUUGCCGGUGCGGCAGCUCUGGCCGGGCUUACGACGUUGGUCAGAGAGGUGCCGGGCGGGAGGAGGAGGGAGCAAAAGCGGAAGUUUGGUUCUUUCUCUAGCACCUGCCUGCCGCGCGCGCUGCUCCCUUUCUCGGCCCUAGUGCGCUCCACCAUCUUGCUGGCGAUCGAAGAGAUGGGCGGCGGCGGCGGCGUCAAGAAUGGCGCCGUGAGGCAGUACAUCCGGUCCAAGGAGCCCAGGAUGAGGUGGACCGCCGACCUCCACCGCAGCUUCGUGCGAGCCAUAGAGUGCCUCGGCGGCGAAGACAAGGCUACGCCGAAGCUCAUUCUCCAGUUCAUGGGCGCCAAGGGGCUUACCAUAUCUCAUGUCAAGAGCCAUCUCCAGAUGUACAGAGCUGCGAGGCUUGGCGCAGCAAGAAGAGGGAUGCAAGCAUCCCAGCUGCAAAGGAGGCACUCAUGUGCCGGUGAUGAGCAAGGCCCCAAGGAGUUCCUGUGCCCACCUCUGAAAAGGUCCAGGAUGGGGACGGCAGCCGUAUACGAGAGCUUGCAGGGAAGCCAUGGAAUCAGUGAGGCGAGGACUGCAGCUGCUGGGAGCCUGCACUGCGUCGAUGAUUACAUGCAAGCCAUGGCGAUGCGCAGGAGAAUAAAGGAGGAGGGCCUGAGAUGGCAGAGGAGGGAUGCUGCUGCUCCUGCUGCUGCGGCUUCCAACCUCCAAGCCGUGGGAUGUUUGGUGCAAGAAUCUGACCGCUUUAAGCAGAUAAGCAGACCAGAAGCAAACCAUCUUGGUCUUGCGCUGAAUCAGCAGCAGGGCUCCAUAGAGGAUGGAAACGGAUGCUCCCUCUUCAGCAGCUUCAGCAUUGCAGCAAAGGGCGAGCCACCUGAGCAAUGCUCUCUGUCACUGUCCCUCGGUCUGGACCCAAACUCCGCCCGCGCCAUGGCCGCCUCCUCGCCGAGCGAGAGCAGCUGCAUCCUCACGGCCUCGCCGGCGAGGAGGAGCUCCGGUGACUGCUCCGGCCAUUCAGACUACUUUGUCUUCCCGGGUUUAAGCUUGGAGCUUUCCCUGUCAAUGCGUGGAUAGAAAACUGCUCCAGCUCCGGAUUUUGUACAUCGAUCGGCCGGGUGCCCCGUUUGUGCUCGCCGGCGUUUCUUUAAGAUGUUCCUGGCAGCAUGGCCGUGUUAGAAAGUUGUAGCUAAGGCCAAGUUGGUAGUAGGACGAUGACCUUAGAAUCAUAGCAUGUUACUUCUAGCUAGUAUGUGUAAGUGGCAAAGUCACCGGGCUCCUUUCAGAUUCAGAGUACAAUUGUCAUACUGUUGCUUUCAGCUUCAGGCUUGAGCACCAGAGAACAGGAAAAAGCGAGAUUCUUGCCCCAGCCAUCUUUUCCUUUACCUCCUUUUGUUUGAUCAUGUCAAAGAUGGCUUUCUAGGGGUAGGGAUCAAGAA